AUGAACACAUUCAUCCAUUAUCACACUCUAGAUCUUCGUCUGCACGAUUCCCCAUCUUUACAUGUAGCCCAUCAACCCAAUAACCCUUCAACUCACUUCUUGCCUUUAUACAUAUUCGAUCCUCGUCAACUUGACUUAUCCCAUUUACCCAAUGCACCUAAAUCACCUUCACCCCAUUCGCUCAAAUCCGCUACGCAUCAAGAUCCAUCAGCUCGAUAUGAUCCAAAACAAAGUAGAUGUUCCCCUUUAUCCCGAGUAGGGGGAUUUCAUCGUACUUCGCCUUACAGGCUGAAAUUCCUAUUGGAGGCUGUGUUCUCCCUUAGAGAAUCGUAUAGAGCCUCAGGAGCGGAUAUGGUAUUUGCCUAUGGUCUACCGGAGGUCAUCCUUCCUAAGAUAGUAGAGAGCCUCAAGACUGAUGGGGGGAAGGUGGAGGGCAUAUAUGCUCAGAGGGAAUAUACUUUAGAAGAAAUAUCGAAUUAUAGAAGAAUCAACAAUGCCCUCAACAAUGAGAAAGUACAAUUUAACGAUAGUAAGACUCUCAUUUCUCCUGAUCAUCUCCCUUUCAACCCCGAGAGCCAGACGCCUGAUGUAUACACUGAAUUCAGAAAAAAGGUAGAAGGGUUAGGAAUAGGUUUGAAUGAGAUGCUCAUCAAACCGCUGGAUACGUCUGAGGUAAAAGAUGGACAAGUGAAAUAUAAUGGUCGGAUCAAACCUUUCCCUAAGAUCGAUGUUGAUAAGAUAAAUUUAAAAGACGGUCAAGGCGGAUUUAUCUCUUCUGACGAAACGAUUGACUCGGUAUAUUCCAAAUUGGUUAAACCGUUAUUUGAUAAUCCACCUGUCGGAGGAUGGUCCUCUUCAUCAUCAGACUCAAGGGAUACGUUACCAGACUUACAUUCUAAAUCAGCAAUACCGUUCAAAGGUACCGAGUUAGCUGCAUUGGAGAGAGCAGAUGACUAUAUUGGUAUACCGCCGGAAGGGAAGGCCGGAUGGAAAGGAGGUAUGAAAGCCAAACAUUAUAAAGAGACUAGAAAUGGUUUAUUAGGUGAAGGGUUCAGUACCAAGUUUUCGACGUGGUUAAGUCUCGGUGUACUUUCGCCAAAAGUUGUGGGAUGGAGAGUGGGCGAGUUGCUCGAUGCUCAAGGGAGAGAUAAGGAAGUGUGGAAGAAUGCUUAUUGGAUAUUGUUCGAGCUUCUGUGGAGAGAUUAUUUCCAAUACAUCGUUCUCAAGACUUCCCUCACCACCUCUUCAUCCAAGAGUAAAUCGGGAUUGAGAGAUGAGCUCAACCCCAACUCAUCAUUAUUUAACCCUGAUGGAUUCUCUUCACAAAUAUCAACAUACCCUCAAGACCUCCGACCGAACCCUUCAGAAUGGCACCAAGCGAAUCUGGAAGAUCCGAAUGAUAAAGCUCGGAGAUGGUGUGAGGGAAGGACGGGAGUGCCGUUCAUAGAUGCCAAUAUGAGGGAGUUGGUAGAGACGGGUUGGAUGAGUAAUAGGGGGAGACAGAAUGUAGCUAGUUUCCUAACUAAGGAUCUGUACUGCGAUUGGAGGAUUGGCGCCGAAUUUUUCGAGAUGCAUCUCAUAGAUUACGAUACGUGUUCGAACUGGGGUAAUUGGCAAUACCAAGCUGGAGUAGGAAAUGAUCCACGCUCAUCUAGACAAUUCAACCCUAUCAAGCAGGCCAACGAUUAUGAUGUUGAUAAUGGAUUUGUGAGAACCUGGGUAACAGAGUUGGAAGGUGUGGGAGACGAAUAUGUACAGACACCAUGGUUGAUCAACGAUAAAUCGAAAUUGAAAAAUUACCCCUCCAAACCAAUAGUCGAAUUACCUUCUUGGAAGAAACAUUAUCCGAAUCAACCAUCUACAAGGAAUAGGGGAAAAGCAAAAGGGAACGGCAAAGGUCCUAAAGGUGGAAAAAAGGGUGCGGAAUAG